AUGCCUUCUAUCUCGACUGUCGUUCCCAUUCCACUUUUCAGCCUGUCGCGGCUGAUCCACAAUAUCCUCUUCGGGAUAACCCAUUUCUUCGUCGGAUCAGUUCUCUACGAUUUCGUGCACUGGAUCGCCCAUAACUCGGAGCGGUCUUCCUCCCAUACGCUCCGGUACAUCGCACGGAUCCAUCGGUACCACCACGUCUACUUCGACCGCAACCUCAAGUUCAACAAGGCCUACAGCGUCCGCAACGUCCUUUACCACCUAUCACUCGAGCUGAUUUGCCAAAUCGUCGGAAGCACCCUCAGCUGGCUGUUCAGCCGACUCCUGGUGUCCGACCCGCGCAUGACCUCGAAACAAGGAUUAAUACUAGUCCUGGCCAUCCAAACCGUCCGCUCCAUCGUCGUCGCGUGGAACGAAGGCCACGACUCCAACCACAUCCCCUACACCCGCGUCCCCAAGGACCCGCACUUCCUCUUCGUCGGACCCGAGUACCACGCGCUGCACCACGUCGAUCCGCAGAACUACUUCGGCUCCAUGGUGCGCGUGUUCGACUGGGUCUUCGGCACCGCCGUCACGCUCCGCAACCGGCGCGUGGCGAUGACCGGCUCUGGAGGGGCCCUCGGGCAAGCUCUCACCGAGCAGCUGGCGCUGGACCGCGUCAAGUGCAUCAAGCCCCUCCAGUUCGGCGUCGACUGGACGUACGACAACUACGCGGCCCUCGCCCCGAUCCUGGCCGAGACCGACGUCCUGAUCCUCGCGCACGGAACGAAAGACGCGGAUAGCGCGAUGGACGCCAACUGCAAGGCGGCCGUUGCGAUGGUCGAGCUGUUCAAGCGCGUGCACCGGCAGUCGAGCGCCAAGAUCUUGCCUGAGGUGUGGUACGUGGGCAGCGAGGCGGAGUUCCAUGGGUCCUGGACGGACGAUAUGCGGAGUUACACGGAUUCGAAGCGAGCGUUUGUUCCGCACGCCCGUGCCUACUAUGAGGAUGAUUCUUUCGUCUACCGCCACAUUGUCCCCGCUGCCUUCGCGUCGAAGAUGGGACCAGCCCUUGUUUCUGCGCAAUGGGCGGCCAAGACGGCGCUUUGGUGGAUUCACCGUGGGGCGAGAUAUGUCCCGGUCACAUAUACCGGGUUUGCUUUUGCGAAUUACUUUCGUUUCAUGUACUGGGUGAAACCUCACAAUGGGCCUGUCACUACAGGCGACGCGCCUCUGAGAUCGAGAGAUUAA